CGCUCUUUCCCCACCGGUGUCGGUCUUUGUGCUCUGCUAUCUUCCGGGGAGUCUGACGCCGAUGGGUUGCUAGGCGGCGGCUGGAGUUGAAUGUGAGGCGCGAAAGGAGCCCGGAGCAGCGGGAAGGUGGAGCAGGGCCUCCUCCUCGGGCGGGGAGAGAGACUGGGCAGGCGGCCUCCCUUCGGCCACCGGAGAGUCCAGCGGCCUUCUGUGCGAGCAGGCCCUGCGGGGAAGAUGGGCGCCAAGGCCGACCCGCUGCUGGUUGUGGUUUCUGUCCUGGAAGGACGUUAUUUUCCCAAACGUCCCAAACAUAUGGUGGUGGUGGAGGCAAAAUUUGAUGGUGAACUUUUAGCUACGGAUCCCGUAGAACAUACUGAUCAACCUGAAUUUGCAACAGAAUUAGCUUGGGAACUUGACAGGAAAGCACUUCACCAACACAGAUUACAACGAACGCCUAUUAAACUGCAGUGUUUUGCUGUGGAUUCUUCAACUGCAGCCAAAGACAGUAUAGGUUAUGUUAUACUUGAUUUAAGAACUGCUCAAGAGAAGAAGCAGGUAUUGUUAAAGCCGCCAAAAUGGUACCCUCUACUCAGCAAUAAAUAUACAAAAUUUAAAUCUGAACUACAAUUAAGUCUAAUGUUAGAAACUGAUACCAAAGCACCUGUGGAUGGUUUUAAAGCUAAGGAAGCACCCCCUAGAGAUGUAACAGUACCUCUGAAACUUCCGGGAUUGGAUCCCAAAAAUCUUAUAGCAGUGCUGAAUGAGGAAGAAGGAUAUCAUCAAAUUGGACCAGCAGAAUAUUGCAGAGACUGCUUCAUUUUGUCUGUUACUAUUGCAUUUGCCACACGGUUAGAACAGCUAAUUCCAACUACAAUGAAACUUCCAGAACGGCAACCUGAAUUUUUCUUCUACUACUCACUAUUGGGCAAUGAUGUUACCAAUGAACCGUUUACUGACUUGAUAAAUCCAAACUUUGAGCCAGAGAGAGCAUCUGUUAAAAUACGCAGCAGCAUCGAGGUUUUAAGAGCGUAUUUUUUGUCUCAUUCAAAGUUGCAGAUCCAUCUUUGCUGUGGGGAUCAGUCUCUCGGAAGCACUGAAGUACUUCUAACUGGCUUGCUGAAGAAAGGAAAUGUGGAAAUCCAUCAACACCCAGUAGCUAUUGAAGGCGCAUUCGUUCUUUUCCCACCCAAUAGAGCUCGGCAGAAACUUCCCCCAGUGCCUUUGGAUAUGGCACCCACUGUCGGGGUGUCAGUAUCUCUGCAGAAAGAUAGCAGAGUUUCACAGCCUGCGAUCCAAGUGGGCGCAAAGGCCGAUUCUGAAACUGUGAAAAAGGCAUUGUCUCCAACACAAGAUCAAGAAAAGAGACCCGAACAUAAUUUGCAUAAUACACCAGCCCAGAUUCGUCAUUCUCCUCCUGUAAAAGAGGAUGCAACUGAAAGUGAAGUAGAAAGUCUUCAAUAUGACAAGAACCCAAAGCCACAGAAGAAAGUGUUGAAUACUCAAAUACCAGCUUCCCAGAAUCAACACGCCAAUACUUCUGAAUCUACCUCAGCACCAAAAAUUGCUGUUCCAGCAGCCGCCCAUCAUUUCUGCUUCUCGCUAGACCUUAGAACUAUUCAUAAUCUAGAUGCUGGGUUUCCAGUCAAUUGCAUGUUAAGGUACUCAUAUCCAUUUUUUGGGAGUGCAGCUCCCAUUAUGACAAAUCCCCCCGUGGAAGUAAGAAAAAACACUGAAGUGUUUCUUCCUCAGUCCUAUUGUGCAUUUGAUUUUGCAACGAUGCCCCAACAGCUUCAGGAUACCUUUUUCAGGUUACCAUUACUGGUGGAGCUGUGGCACAAAGAUAAAACAACAAAAGACUUGCUUCUAGGAGUUGCAAGACUCCAGCUUUCAAGUGUUUUGACCACAGAAAAAACUCGUUUUCUAGGGGCAAAUGGGGAGCAGUGCUGGCGUCAGACUUUCACUGAAACAAUCCCUAUAACAGCAGCACAAGGGCCAAGCAACAAGAUUGCAGAUCUUUCAUACACAGUGACUCUAGAAGAUUAUGGACUUGUGAAAAUGCAUGAGGUUCUGGUUUCUGAGUCUUCUCAUUGUUUAGGUAAAGAUGAACCACCACUAGUUCCUCCACCUCAGCCACGCAGUGCUACCGAAGCACAGCCAGAGCCACGAGAAACUCUGGAAUACAAAGCAGCACUUGAACUGGAGAUGUGGAAGGAGCUACAAGAAGACCUUUUUGAGAAUCAGCUGAAGAAGAAGGAAUUGGCUCAUAUGCAGACUCUUGCAGAGGAGUGGAGAAAAAGGGAUCGAGAAAGGGAAGCAUUGGUAAAGAAAAAAGUUGCAGAAUAUACAGUUUUGGAAGAAAAGCUUCAAAAAACUUUGACUGAUUUAGAGAAGCGUGAAAAACAACUUGCCAGUGCUGAGACUGAGCUCCAGAGAUUAAAGAAAGAGCUGCUAGCAGAGCAUGAGCGAAAUCGCCAGGAGCUUCAAGAUACAAUUAGACGCAUCAAAGAAGAGGGCGCACAUCAGGUUGAAUUGGAGAGAGCAAAGAUCAGGCAGUUGGAAGAAGACAAAGUCCGCCUCCACCAACAAAUAUAUGAAGGGGAAAACAAACUUAAGGCUAUGGAGAAAGAGUUUCAGCAGUACAAGCAACAGCAAGUCAGCAAACCAGAAAUCCGUCUGCAAUCAGAAAUAAGUAUUCUAACAUUAGAAAAGGGAGAUCUUGAAAGGAAACUGGAGUCAGCCACAAAGGCAAAAUUACACUACAAGCAACAGUGGGGACGAGCUCUGAAGGAACUCGCAAGGCUGAAACAGCGUGAGCAAGAGAGUGCUAUUGCUCGUCUUAAAAAGCAGCAGCAAGAGCUUGAGCACAUGAGGCUCCGGUACUUGGCAGCCGAGGAGAAAGAACUGGGGAAAGCACAACGGCAGGAGCUAGAGGAUAUCAGAAAUGAACUGAACAGGUUGAAACAAGAAGAAAAACAGUCCCAAAAUUCUCAAGAUGUUUUGGGGGUACAACUACAAAAUUCUCACAUUCGGCAAGCAGAUGAGAGCUUAGACGACUACCUGGCUCGACUAAUAGAGGAGAGAGAUACUUUAUUAAGAACUGGUGUGUAUAAUCAUGAAGACCACAUUGUGAGUGAGCUUGAUCGCCAAAUCAGUGAAGUCCUUGCCAAAAGAAGCAGAAGCAAGUAGCAGAACGCUCUGAACUACGCUUUUGUCAAAUAAUUACAUUUUGUUGGAUUCUAGAGGACUUGUACAAACAGACUGCUUUUGUCUCUCCAAGAUUUACUACACCAUAAAUGCAAUUUUUUUUCUUGAAGAGAAGCACAGACUCAAUUUUUAAAGAUUAUUUUAAAAGUUUGUAAAUACUAUUUAUUUUUUGUAGAAGGUUGGCUACUCUACAUCCUAUCACCGUCCUAUUGAUGGAGCUUAUUUUAUUUAUAGAAGUCUUCUAAAUUUAAGUUUUACAUUUUAUUCAGGUUUUGAUUUCUUGUUUUCUUAUUAUUUCCACCCUGCUUGUUUUAUACAUUUGUAUCAAAAUAGCAUAUCAAUAAAAUUGCUCUAAAACA